AUGAGAUCUUUGUCACCCUUUGAUGGAAUGGAGAGGAAGUUCAGUCCAGAGUCAUUUUUAAUUUGUUCUAAAAUUUGAAGAUAUUCUUUCGUGGUAUCCAUGAAUUCAUUGACCAAUUGUCUCCUUUGCUCUGGAUCAUUUUCCAGGUUCCCCCAGUCCUGAUUACUAACAAAAGCAGGCAUAUAGAUAUCUUUCAGUAG